GGAGCGGCGGGGAAAAGGGACUUGAUCUGAAAGGGCGAGUGCAGCCCGGGGGGCGCGGGGUCGGGUCCGCGGCGGGCAGCGCCUGUCCCGGCUCGGCCGGCUGCCGGGCCGCCCCUUCGGAGCUGCCAAGAGAUCAAUUGCUUGAUGAACUGCAGCUGAAAUAUUUAACGCUUCACACUUACGCCAUUGAGGAUGGAGCCCAAAGCCAACAAUCUCGUUUUCGGGUGUCAGCGAAGCUCAACGUCUGACGAUGACUCUGGCUGUGCCUUGGAGGAAUAUGCCUGGGUCCCCCCGGGCCUCAGACCGGAGCAGGUCCAGCUGUAUUUCUCCUGCCUGCCAGACGAGAAGGUCCCGUACGUUAACAGCCCUGGAGAGAAACACCGCAUCAAACAGCUUCUCUACCAGCUGCCGCCCCACGACAACGAGGUGAGAUACUGCCAGUCUUUAAGUGAAGAAGAAAAGAAGGAGCUGCAGAUGUUCAGUUCUCAGCGCAAAAAGGAGGCGCUCGGCCGAGGCACCAUCAAGCUGCUCUCGAGAGCGGUGAUGCACGCCGUCUGCGAACAGUGUGGUACAAAAGUAAAUGGUGGUGAAGUUGCAGUUUUUGCCUCAAGAGCUGGGCCCGGGGUGUGCUGGCAUCCCUCGUGUUUCGUGUGCUUCACCUGUAACGAGCUGCUCGUUGACCUUAUCUACUUCUACCAAGAUGGGAAAAUUCACUGCGGCAGACACCACGCUGAACUUCUCAAGCCUCGAUGUUCAGCCUGCGAUGAGAUCAUUUUUGCUGAUGAGUGUACGGAAGCUGAGGGUCGCCACUGGCACAUGAAGCACUUCUGCUGCCUUGAGUGUGAAACGAUCCUGGGUGGACAGAGAUACAUCAUGAAGGACGGGCGACCAUUCUGCUGUAACUGUUUUGAGUCCCUCUAUGCGGAAUACUGCGAGACCUGCGGGGAACACAUUGGUGUUGACCACGCUCAGAUGACCUAUGAUGGACAGCACUGGCAUGCCACAGAGACUUGCUUUUCUUGCGCUCAGUGCAAGACCUCUUUGCUUGGCUGCCCUUUCCUUCCAAAGCAGGGGCAGAUUUACUGUUCAAAAACCUGCAGCUUGGGAGAGGACGUUCAUGCCUCCGACUCUUCUGAUUCCGCGUUUCAGUCUGCUCGAUCCAGGGAUUCCAGGAGGAGCGUCCGCAUGGGGAAAAGCAGCCGCUCGGCCGACCAGUGCCGCCAGUCUCUCCUCCUGUCCCCGGCCCUCAAUUACAAAUUCCCUGGCCUGUCAGACAACGCCGAUGAUACUCUUUCUCGUAAGCUGGAGGACUUAAGCCUUUCAAGGGAAGAGGCGAGCUUUGUCAAUGAAGACUUCUGGAAAGGAAGAGUAGAGCAAGAAAUGCCUGAGGACCCUGAAGAAUGGGCUGAACAUGAAGACUACAUGACUCAACUUCUUCUGAAGUUCGGCGAUAAAAGCCUCUUCCAGCAGCCCGCUGAAGUAGACAUUAGAUCAAGCGAACACUGGAUUUCUGACAGCAUGGUCAAGAGCAAGUUGGACUUGAAAAAGAAUAAUCCCAGCCUAGCAAGUAAGAAGUAUCAAGCAGACAUGUACUGGGCCCAGUCGCAAGAUGGUUUGGGUGACUCUGCCUAUGGCAGCCACCCGGGCCCUGCCAGCAGCAGGAAAAUCCAGGAGCUAGACAUGGAACAUGGGGCGUCAGGAUACAAGCAUGACCAAGCGCCGUGGUAUGGAGGUUCACUUGAGUGUUUGUCUGACCUGAAACAGCAAGAACAGAGUGUUCGAGACUCAAUGGAUUCGUUGGCUUUGUCUAACAUAACAGGGGCUUCGAUGGAUGGAGAAGGCAAACCACGGCCAUCUCUCUACUCUUUGCAAACUUUCCAAGAGCUGGAGGUAGAGGACUGUGAGAAAAUGAGCAACAUGGGAACCCUGAAUUCUUCAAUGCUCCACCGGAGCACAGAGUCCUUGAAGAGCCUGAGCUCAGAGUUGUGUCAGGAAAAGGUCUUGCCAGAGGAAAAGCCAGUGCAUGUGCCCGUUCUGAGAAGAUCUAAAUCCCAGUCUCGACCGCAGCAAGUGAAGUUUUCAGAUGAUGUUAUUGAUAAUGGGAGUUACGAGAACGUUGAAAUACGGCAGCCCCCCAUGAGUGAAAGGACUCGUAGGCGCGUUUACCAUUUUGAAGAGCGUGGCAAUCGGCCUUCCCACCAUCGCAGAAGAAGUAGGAAGUCUCGUUCAGAUAAUGCACUUAACUUGGCCGCAGAAAGAAGAUGCUCUCCCAGGGAGAGAUUUCGUUAUUACUCCCCUCAGGAUCAUGAGAAAUUUAUUCAAAAUAGAAGCUCACGUGAGAUUCGGGCAUACAUUCAAAACGCGGAGCUGUAUGGACCAUAUGCCCAUACGAGGUCCGAUUACGCACUGCGCAACCAGAUGGUUGACAAAUUUUUUGGGUUGUACGGUGAGGAAGAUGACUCCUGGUGCUCGACUUCAUCCUCAUCAUCCGAUUCUGAAGAGGAAGGGUAUUUUCUAGGACAGCCCAUCCCCCAGCCACGGUCCCUGAGAUACCCAUACUACACAGAUGACCUUUCUAGUCCAACUACUGCGUUAUCAUCUAGUUCUCAGUUUGGACAAAGGACAACCAAAUCAAAGAAGAAGAGGGGACACAAAGGAAAAAAUUGCAUCAUUUCUUAAUUUGUUUUAACGCUCGGGAAGACCAGUCAACUCCAUAGCUACAGUCUGAACCACGUCUUUUUAUAUUAAUAAUUGUACUUAGGCAAGUUGCUGAGGUUCUUAAUGCUUUGCCAGUGUAAAUGAUAACCCUGCCAGAGUUUACAUUGUACAAGUAACAUUCGGAAAUGUCCCCGUGCCAAAUGAUGACCCGCUCAGAUAUUGCUGGGUUUACAAACUAUCUUUCAGCUGUCAAAAGGCAGUUACUGCAGUUCUUGACACAGACUUUUUGUAGGCGUUUUAUUUUACGCUCUCUCCUCGCCUGUGCUGAAUUAUCUCAGAGGGGGGGUUCAACAAAGAUCAGUAAAUACAGUUGAGGGUCCUGUGCCGUAGCUCUACCCGCACAAGGUGAUCUUUGACUUUUUCCUCUUACCGUCAGGAAAAAGAAGGCUCUGUUCUGUGCCCUUUCUCCAUUGGCAAAGCUCACUCUUCCUCUUUUAAGUUUCCUUACAAAAAACUGGAUUUUGGUGGGUUUUUUUUUCUUAAAUCUGGAAAAACACUCCUUUUCCAAAGAGUCCACUGUUAAGGAGGCUUGAGGCCUUGAUGUAUCCUAAGGAGGCGGUAAAUGGUUUAUACAUUGAAUUUCCAUGUUCUUCCCUCCACAGUUUUUUAAGAAUUCCCUGCCUCUGUAAGGGUUUAGGGGUUUUUUUAAUGCCUGUUUUAAGGAAGAUAUUAGUUCAGCUGCUGGAAUUGGGACUUGGCUGCCAAUGAGUGAUGAUGCCAGCAGUGAGCGAGAGGGAGAGCGGCGGCGGUGGCCUUUGCUCGGGCACGUAACCCCCCAUUUAAGUCAAUGAAUCUACUUACGUAACGAAUACUUUCAUAAGGGCUUAAAGGAUUAGGCUCCAGAAUCACGUCUUUGCAAAUGCAUUAUCCAGGUUUUAAAAAUGUAUUCGCUGCAAUUCUAAAUAAAUAAAAAAACCACAUUGAUAUUUAUAAUGUAGUAUUUCAUAGGCUUAAAUGUAUUCAUAAUUUAACAGUGCAAAUACUAAUGUACAUAUUGUACAGUUAAAAUUUUAAAAGCUGAAUAUUUUUAUAUCCCUGAAUUUGAAGAAGUUUGUUACAAUAUCAAACUAGAUUUGUUAGGGGUUUAACAGCAGCAUUAUGGAUGAAAAAUUGCUUGUAUUUUAGUCAGGGGUUUUAAGUCGAAAAAUACUGAAAAAUGUUUAGUGCAAAACCAGCUUAAUUUUGUCUACUAGGUAUGAAAAGCUCUGUAUGCAUGGUGGGGCUAUGUAAAUACUCUCUAAACUAUGGCCCUCUUAAUCUUGCAAGUGUUAUUUAUGGGUCAAGCAAAAUGUAAACUAUAUAAAUGUAAAAACCACGCAAGCCUGGAAUAUAUCAGUACAACAAAUAUGCAA